AUGGUGCGCAUGAAUGUGCUCUCUGAUGCUUUGAACGCCAUCAACAACGCUGAGAAGCGUGGCAAGCGCCAAGUUCUCAUCCGCCCGGCUUCCAAGGUUUUAAAAAUUUCUAAAUAAGAAAUUCUCAAAUUCAAGUUUAGAGGCGCCUCGGUCGAAUUGACCAAGGCUCUCAGUUCUUUAGCUAGAGUUUUAACAAGUUUUUAAAAUUUCUUUACACUUGCUAAAGAAUUAGAGACACCCUUGGUUAGUCCAAUGUUCGUUGGAUUGCGAAAAUUGUGAGCUUCCAGGAAUAAUGGAAUUUUCAUUUUCCUAAUGAUGCGUUUAGGUUAUUGUCCGAUUCUUGACUGUCAUGAUGAAGCACGGUUACAUCGGAGAGUUCGAAAUUGUCGACGACCACCGCGCCGGCAAAAUCGUUGUCAACCUUACCGGUCGUUUGAACAAGGCCUCCGUUAUCUCCCCCAGACUUGAUAUUAAGCUGAAGGUAGUUUUAAAUAAUCUCAGAAAUUUUAUUAACUGGUUUUUAUAGGAUUUGGAGCAGUACACCUCGACUUUGCUGCCAUCCCGUCAGUUCGGUUAUUUGAUCCUCACCACCUCCGCCGGUAUUAUGGAUCAUGAAGAAGCCAGAAGAAAGCAUAUUGGUGGAAAAAUCUUAGGAUUCUUCUUCUAAAGUUGUUGUUUUAAAUAAAUUGUUAUGUCUAUCGGGUUUAUCGCAGCGGCAAACUUGAUUCCAAGGGCAAAAAGCAGAACCGGCUGCCCAAGCCGCUGAAAAUCUCGUCCAGAUAAGCGUUUUUCCUCCUAAUUCUCGGCGAAUGCGGCUUGUUGCUUCUCUCCACGUUUUGAUAUCCUUAUUAAGGUAUGAAAGUUGCUAAUUUAUGUUUUGGGCAGGAUGUUUGCUAGUUUAAAGUUUAAAACUCAGUUAUAAACUUUAUUUGUUCUUGUUUUUCUCUGUGGGAAACAGGUUUAACGUACGGGGGCAACUGUCACUGUGCAGUUAUCGGAUAAUCAUGACACGUAAUUAACCUAGAUCUAGUUAUUUUUUCUGUUCAACACCUUAGUUCCAGUUAUAUGUUAGAUGCGAAGAAUUCUCGUUGGGAGCGUCACAAAAUACGUUGGUCUUUCCGAGAUCCAUAUGGAAUGUUCACGCCAGCUCAAAUAUCAACAAUAAGGUUUUGUUCAGAAAAUGAAGCCGAAGACUUCAAAUACUCUUCCAGAAAAUACAUAGAAGAAGCGUUCGAAGCGUGGGCGAAUGUCCUUGAAGAUCGACUUGAGAUUGUGGAACAAGCAACCGAAAUCGAUGCCGAAGAAGCUCGAGCGGACAUCGAGGUGCUCUUCGCUCGGAGGAAUCACUCCUGUGUUGAGGUCUGAAUAGAAGGCAAGAAUGUGGACAUUCAUUAUUUUUUGAAGAAUUUCGACGGCCGAGGCGGUGUCGUAGCCCAUUCCGGUUAUCCGGAGAGCGGAAUUCUGCACUUGGAUGCCGACGAACGGUGGCACACCGGUGAUCCUACCAAGGGAGACAUCGAUUUGCGCUAUGUAAGGAUUAAAAAUUUCAGCUAGAGUAAACUUGAUACGCCAAAACUUUUGGAAUAAAAGAAUUUUAGAAAGAAAAGUUAACUUUUUCAUGAUACUUCGAUCGUUUUACUGCCUCAUUUCAUGGCUAAACAGUUUUGUAUGAAAAAAAUCCCGUUUUCGAUGUCACCUGAAACAGCCAAUUAGUAUUUCAAGAAUUCAGGGAGAAAAUUCACAGAAAGUAAACUAGAUUUGAAGCAGCUUUCGAAACUUUGAAAGUGCGCUCCACUGGCAAAAACCGACUAUUCACGGUUACAACCAAAUCAAAAAAAUAUUAUGAAAAUGAUCUAUAGAAGAAUAUUUGAAUACAAAACUGUAAUAUUAAGAUAAGUGAGUCUAAAUCAAUAUUUCGAUCUUCAAAGCCUAUUCUUCAAUUUUUUUGCAGGUAUUAUUACACGAGGUGGGACACGUACUAGGCCUAAGACAUUCGAAACGAAAAGGUUCAAUUAUGAACCGCGAAUAUGGGUAAAUUGUUUGUAUGUCAAAACUCGAAAAACAAAAUAUUAUUUUCCAGAGAAACUCCUGGUGGGUUGAAGCUUACACGUUACGACGUUCACCUCGUCCGGAAGCUCUACUCAAAAUAG